AAUGGCGAAUUCAAAACAAUAACAACAAAAGCCUCCUUGAGCUGCGUUUGUCAAUGCAAUAUUCAAGUAAUACUAAUUUUUUACUAAACAUUUUAAUGAUUUUGUUGUAAUUUUCUUUGAAAUUGAAGGAAUUUAAUUCUCUCCAUCAAUCAAUAAUCUUUUAGAUACUUUUGUAAUUGGUUCUAAUCGAUUAGUCACCAUUCGAUAACAGUGAAUAGUGAAAACAGAAACAAAAUAUGGAAUCCAAAAGACUUCAAGCCUUGUGAACAGCGUGGUGUUGCAAUGUUUGUUAAAUUAUGGCUCUUUAUGACAACAAACACUGGUUAUUAUCACAUACAAGGAAUUCCUUCAUCUCUUCUGAUGAUACAGGCGUCUGUGAAAUCGUGAUGGCUGGUGAGAAUAUUGCUCGCCAGCAGGAGUUUGGAAAAUUCGAUUGUUAUCCAGGCAUUGAGAGUGACGAAGAUGAUCUUGAUGCCUAUGGUCAAUCCUUAGAUUUGCAUUUCGAUAUGGAGUAUGGUCGGUUCCGGUCAAAUACUGCAGUCAGGCUUAAAAAGAUGGAUGAGGAAAGGAAAAAAGCUUCGAGUGUUCGCCAUGUCAAAUGGGAAAAGCCUCAUGUCUGUAUAACAGAUGAAGAGAAAGCUGAAUUGUUCAAAAGGAAAGAUUUCCGGGAAAAGAGAAAAAACUGUCAACUGAAAAGUCUGUUGAGUGAGCAGUUGGCAAAGAACCCCUUUGUGCAUCCACUUCAAAUCUAUGCCAAGUUUGAUGGAAGAACACAGGUUGGCAUUGCUACUAAGAAGUUCCUAAUCUACCUACCAAUGCUAGAAGAUAACAACUAUCCUCUGGUGGUGCAAGUUGUCAGCUAUGCUAAAAUACAAGACCUCAUUGGACUUAUAUCCUGGCAGUGUUCAUCAGAGUAUCCAGAUGUUGUCUUUAAGAGCGUUGAGAAUUACAGUCUGUACAUGGCAGAGGACGACGGAGAGGUCGAUUUCGCCUUUCCUUGUUUGGAGCCCAAAGAGACUGUCGCUAAAUUUGGAUUUAAGAUUUUAGCUCUUGUAGAAAAUGACCAAAGUCAUGCUAGGCAUGAAAGACUAUCUACCACACACAUACUGGUAGAUAAGUGCGAUGAUGCCAGUAGUUCAUCUCUAGCCAAAGGUAAAGCGUUCAACGAAAAUAACCAACAAACUGAUGGAGGGUAUAUGGAGCGUGUGCAGGGGGACAUGAAUGCUAUUGACGCUACUCUGUUCCAAUCGUUUCAAGUGUAUAUAUUAGGUACUGUUAGGAGAAACUUAGUGCAUUUAGGUAUAUCUGGAGAGAAAGUGGAAUUUUAUCCGGCUGUAAAUCAGCGUUCAAGUGCCAGGUUUAAAUGGGCGCAACAAAAAGCGGCCCGAUAUCAUAUGGACUCAAUAGUGGCGUGUGAUCUUACUGAGACCAAGUCAAAUAAAUCAAACUUUAGGCUAGUGUACGAUCAGAUGACGGGGGAGGGACCCGUGUUUAAGCACCACGACUUCGAGGUGGAGCAACGCACGGCCAAGGAGAUCGUGCAGAAGGUCAAUCACAUCCUCGACCUGAGGCCCUCGUCAGCCCGCAGAAAAGAGUACCUCGCUCUCAGGGAGCACAAGUCGCAUCGCAAGAAGAGCUUUCCGCACAGUCUAGUUCCCAGAUGAUUAGAGCUAGUCAUUAGCUAUUACUCUCAACUAUCCUACACAUUGUCAUAUCUUCUUCAUUUCAACUUACUAGCAUUGCUGUAACGAUUU